CCUCCUCCUCCUCCACCACCUCGUCCUCCUCCUCCUCCUCCUCCUCCUCCUCCUCCUCCUCCUCUAACGCCUCCCACGUAUCUUCCACCGUCGGAAGAGGGAGAAGGAGGCUUGCGACGGUUUGGUUGGGUCUACUUGGAGGAGCUGCCCCAGGACGAGAACUACAUGGACCUUGUACUCCUCCUCACCCGCAACUCGCGAUGCCGCGGAGGGCACAUGGCGUGUGUGCUCGUGAAGGAUCGGCAGGUACUCGCUAUGGCCACCAACACACCCUUGUACACGCCCAUGGCCUCGGACGUGCAUGCUGAGAUCAAUGCCAUCUCUGCCUGUGCACGCAGAGGAGUGGCGGUGGAAGGGAGCGACGCGUACAUCAGCAUGCCACCUUGCAAGAACUGCUUCAUGGCGCUGCAGGCCGCUGGAGUUCGACGUGUGCUCUCGCGAGUGAGGAACGACAACGAGCGAGUUGCGGCGGCGGCGGCAGCUCAGGGCAUUGAGAUGCUGCUCGUCCCCGACACACGUCAGCGGGAGCAGCGACGCUCCGCGCUGGUCGAAGAGCAUGCGCAGAGCAAGGAAGAGAAGGAGAGGAUCGAGAGGGAGCGGCAGCAGCGGAAGCAAGUGAAGCAGCUUCUUCAUGCUCGCAAGAAACAUGCAAACACUUGA